UAACAGUAAUCAUAAACAAACGUGAAAGCAAACGGCAUACUCGGGCGUCUCCAAGCGCAAAACAAAACAAAUCUCGCAUCGUAUAGGCACAACGGUUUUUUUUACGUGAUCCAUACACCAUACAUUUUAUCCACUUUUGGUAAUUCGCAUUCAAGUGAACGAUUUACAAUUGGCGUGAACAAUUUUUUUCGUCUCGUUCAGACCAUAGAGGAGUGACGACAUUUGAGAUGGCUGCAUCUGUUAAGCAAUUGUCGACGUUUAUUGCAAUUGCAUGCGUCAUUGGUUUGGCGCUAUCGCUAAACUCGUACUAUUUGGCCAUUACAUUGGAAGAGGAUGAUGAAUACGAAGCGUGGUGCGAUAUUAGCGGUUACUCUAGCUGCACCAAAGUUCUUCAAUCCGAGUAUAGUAGUGGUUUUGGCUUGAUUGCUCCAUACCUCGGAAACGAUUCAUUUCUCAACGUAUCCAAUGGCAUAUUUGGUCUUUUGUUUUACACGAUCGAAUUAAUCUUGGGUUUUUCAACGAGUUCGUUGACCGUCAAAGCUCAAGCGGUCCUGUUGUUCUUAUCAAACGCAGUUUUGGCAUGGUUGGCAUAUGUGCUGCUCUUCGAGAUUCAAGAAUUGUGUAUUAUUUGCAUCGGCUUGUAUUUCACCAAUGUCAUUAUCACCGUUUUGACGAUUGUCCGUUUUCGACGGCUGCAACAAGCAAAACCGAAACCAUCGAGCGGAACAAAGAAAAAAGCGCCAGCCAAGAAAGGAAGAUCCAAAAAAGACUAAAACUAGUCAAUCUUUAUUUAUUAAGAAACAUUCCAAAUACCAAAUUUUCUUUUUUUUUUCUAGUGUGACACUUUUCGUACCAAAAAUGAUAAAACCAUUUAAAUUAGUUAUGUGUAGUAAAUCUUGUACAUCUACCUCAAAAUCACUAAAUUAAAUGAAUCGCUUCACGUUUGAGAAUAAA